AUGGGUUCCCUGGGUAUGGAGAAUGGAGGGGUAGCUUCACUUGGUGGGGCAUCUGCUCUUGAUUUGCGAAUUAAGAAGGACCCUGUGCCAGAGCUUCCUCUUUCUACUAUACCUGAAGUUCCUGGCCAAAUCGACUCCACAAUUAACCAAUGGCGUAUAAAAUCUGAACCGUUUCCAGAUACUCAAUUACUUACUGUUCCCGAAAAUACCGAAGUUUCUAUAGAAAAUGAGCCGGACAUCAAAGAUAACGACAAUAUUGACAGCUUAUCGAUUGAACCUCAGUUCGACCAUAAAGAUGCUAUCGAAAAGCUGUUGAAAAUCAGUAUGGGACCUGGAUUUAAAGUCUCCGAUAUCGACACUGAACCCACAGCUGCCCUAAAGACACUCGAAGAGAUAAAAAAGUCUGUCAAAGAGGCUGCGGUUUCUUGCAAAAAUGGUCACAAUGUAAUUCUUGAGCAAUGGCAAAAAGUCAAGAUCUUUUUCUAUAUAAUCUCACACAUCGACGGCAGCAUUACACUAGAAAUUAGCAAGCGUCUCAGACUCCUUGAGGUCCUUAAGCUUUUUACCAAUCCAGUAUUCAAGUGCCCUACAGAAUACUCCAGCAUUGCAAAAGCUCUGAUCGAUAAAAUUGAGGCUCAAAAUGGUUUCGAAGCUCCACCUCCACCACCAGCAGCAUUGACUAUCGACGCACAAUCUGCUAAUGCAAAUAUAAAUAAGAAGCGAAAGUCAGUCAGCGAGACUCCUACCUCUUCGAAGAGAUCUAAGGAUAAUUCCACCUCCCGGAAAAGCCCGGUGCCUAGUCCCACAGGCUACUCGGCUCCACCUGCAUCAGCUAGCUAUAUUUGGGGAGAUAAUGGUAUCAUGCGUGGCAUUUUAUGGAAACAGGGUGGUUAUGUAAUUCUCGACGAAAAGAAGGCGCACCUAUUCAAGGAGAACGCGAAAAUUCAUGGUCACAAUGGUCUCACUGUUGGAGACUGCUGGCCAAGACAAAUGGCAGCACUUCGCGAUGGUGCACAUGGAGCUCCACAAGCUGGAAUCGUUGGAGAUAAGAAAGAAGGCGCCUAUAGCAUCGUAAUUUCAAAGCACUAUGAAGGAUUCGAUAUGGAUGAAGGAGAUAUAGUAUACUAUUCUGCACCUGGUGCUAAGGAAUCCAUCAUCAAGGAAGCCGAUUCGGAAAACUCAGGUGUAAUGAUCUUGAGACGAUCAAUGGAGACCAAGAAGCCAGUUCGUGUUCUAAGAAGCUCUAAUUGUGCUUGGAAAAAUCGACCUGCCGCUGGCAUUAGAUACGAUGGACUAUAUCGAGUUACAGAUGGCAAUGUCGAAACCAAUGGAAAGGGAGGCAAAUUUUGGAGAUUCACACUGAAGAGACUGCGUCGGGUUGAUGGAAGUGAUCAGGUUCCUAUCAAUCUCAGUAGACCUACCAAGGAGGAAGUUGGUCUAUUCGAGAAGGUUAAAGGUGGCUAUUAA